CGCGGUGGUCAUGGCAGUAGGCGCGGCGUGAGACGAAACGACGAGUUCAUUCAUCUUACUACCUUGCCGCGGCACUGACUGCGCGAAUAAGUCUUGUUUCGUCCGCGUCUCACCGCGAAUAAAUAAAUAGUCAACAUAUUGUUAACUGUCGCUCAUUGCUGGUGUCAGUGUCAUAUAGGCAACACGCCUUCACACGAAAUAUUGACAUUAGUCAUCUGUGAUAUAACGAUUAAUAAAUACCAUUUAGGUUAUAUUAAUCGGACACCGGCAGGGUGAUGAUCAGUGUAGCGUGAGGUAGACAACGAGUGCUAAGUGGCUUAUCUAAAACUUUCGAGAUGGAGUCCGCAACUUGGAAGUACAAUUUGGACACUACUCCGAAUUACUCAUACAUUUUCGAUUUUGAGAGCGAGUUUAUCCAUCAGAAUUCAAGGAAAUGGAUGACGGAGAAUUGGACUGUUGCGUUUUACUACGUGGGGGUGUACAUGGCUAUCAUUUUCUUCGGGCACCGCUACAUGCAGACUCGUCCCAGAUUCGAGCUGACGCGGACGCUGAUCGUGUGGAACAGCGCGCUCGCGGCGUUCAGUAUUAUGGGCGCGUGCCGAACCCUGCCGGAGUUCAUCCACGUGCUACGGAACUACGGGAUCUACCACUCCGUAUGUGUUCCGAGUUUCAUCGAAGCAGACAAAGUGUCCGGUUUCUGGACGUGGAUGUUCGUGCUCUCUAAAGUGCCCGAGCUGGGCGACACGGUGUUCAUAAUCCUGCGCAAGAAGCCGCUCAUCUUCCUGCACUGGUACCACCACAUCACCGUGCUGCUAUACUCUUGGUUCUCCUUCACCGAGUACACGUCCUCGGCGCGCUGGUUCGUCGUUAUGAACUAUUGUGUGCACAGCGUGAUGUACUCGUACUACGCGCUGGUGAGCAUGGGCAAGUACCCGCCCAAGGCCCUCGCCAUGACCAUCACGGUCCUGCAGCUGACGCAGAUGAUCGUCGGCUGCGCCAUCAACGUCUGGGCCCACAACUACAUCACAAGCGCCACCGGCGCCUGCGGCAUCAGCAACUUCAACAUCAAGCUCUCCAUGGCCAUGUAUUUCUCCUACUUCAUCCUCUUUGCCCGCUUCUUCUACAAAGCCUACCUCUCCCCCAAAUCGGGAAAGAAAGCCAAAUCGGAACCAGUCCAGAGUGAAGCUCCCAGCGCCAAGAAGAAUUACAACGAGUAUCCUCGGCAACGGAACGGAGUCGUCGGCGUCGCCCACUAGUCGUAGCGAGUUGUGAUAUGUGCUAGGUUAUUGUACAGUUCCCGUAUGGCUGUAAGGGUACCGAACGGAUCGGACGCGCCGGCUCGACCGCAACAUUCGUUGAGAGCGUGAACAUUCUUUCGGAAUUCCAUUAUUUUCGGAACAACAACUUUCAAAUGACGCUAACAAAACGUCAAACGCAUGUUCUGAAUAAUUUAAUAGGUGAUUAGGUUGAAUAAUGCUUUUAAUUAUUUGCUCAUUUUGGUGUUCGGUUUAGUUUCAUCUAGAUUAAAUGGAAAAUUAUUGAUGUGCUUCGCACGCAAUUACUAUAAUUAUUAAGUGUAAAUUCAAAAAUUUCUCGUAAAGCC